AUGGCUGCCAGUCCUGCUCCGCGCACACCACAUGGCAUCACCGUCGCAAAUGCAGUGGUGAGCGAUACAUGUACUGGAGGAAGAUCGCUGUCUGCAGAGUGA